CUAAUUAAAUUAUUUAUUGUUUAAAUGACUUAAAGUUAUUGCGUUUUUUCUUACAGGAUGUUACCCACAACCCCAGUUAAUAUCCGUAAACUUGAGAAGGACAUUACACUUCAAGGCUACAGAGUCAAAGCUGGAACUAAAGUGUUUAUCAGCAUGAAGGAAUCUGGCAUGAUGGAGGAAUACUUUCCCCGGGCGACGGAGUUCCUUCCCGAGCGCUGGAUGAGGGACCAGCCGGAUCGUCUCAAUAACCAAUACGCUUCCAUACCCUUCUCUGUGGGCACCCGCAUGUGUGUGGGGAGGAGGCUCGCUGAACAGGAGCUUUACGUCUUCCUCGCUAGGCUGUUCUUGAAGUAUAAUUUGGAGUACAAGUACAGCGAGUGGGAUCCAGUGAUGAGGGUGCUAUACAAACCUGACAAGCCACAAAACUUCACCAUGACUGAGCGUUGAUGAGCUCUCGUCCUCUCGUUUUUUACUGUUUUCAAAAUACACUAUUUUCGUUGUGUUUGCAUUGUGGCUCCGUGCAGAAUAUACUCUUUCAUAUAUUAAAUAAAAUUAAAGGUUAAACAAUC